CGUUUUCAGUGGGCACGACAACAUGUCCACUGGACGCCUGAUCAAUUGUGGGCGUUUCUCUUUAUGGAUGAGUCAUGGCCAACUACAGGAUCGGCCACGGAAGCUCAGAAGUCAUGUGAUCUGACGUCACGAACUCCGUCUGAGGAAAGAACGUUUGAGUGUGAGAAUGGAUGUGUGCCGUUGGAGUAGCGUAAAUAUUUAGUGUUUCUCGUUAAUAACGAAUAUUUUAAACCGUUUUAUUUUAUAUUAUUUAUAAUGCCAGAUCGAUGCUGUGUCCCAGGAUGCCAGUCAAAUUAUGACAAAGCUGGAACGUACGUUUCUGUUUUUAAAUUUCCAAAAGACGUUGAAAAGAAAAGUAUAUGGUGCAAGAAGAUUCCACGAAGAAACUGGUCGCCAUCUGCAAGAAGCGUUGUGUGUGAAAAACAUUUUAUUCAAUCGGAUAUUAUAAGAAUUGACGAAAUAUCAGACAGAGAUGGUGCUAUCUUAAAAGUGCCAAGAAAAUGUCCAAAACUGAAGGAAGGUGCUUAUCCCUCUAUAUUUCCUAAUUGCCCAAAAUACCUGACGGAAAACAAACCUACUCCAAGAACAAGUAGAUCUGAAAAACUUGCAAAAUCAGAUGAAAUUGCAUUUCAGCAAUUUUUAGAUAAAGACCGAAUCAAAAGUUUUAUUGAUUUUUGUGAACAAUUGGAUCUACGGGUAAAUUCGUUCAAUUUAAUUUCAAAACCAAUUGUAAUAAAAAACAGUGAUCAUGUAUUUUUAAUUAAUUUAAAUUAAAAUUUAAAUUGUCAG